ACCUUAAAAUAAAGAUGGCGGAUGAUCUACAGUCGAAUUUGGCGACAUACAAACUUCAGCUUCAGCAGGUAGAAGCAUCAUUAACUAAUGAUGCAGACAAUGAGGAUCUUCUAAAACUGAAAAAGGAUUUACAGGAAGUGAUUGACUUGACAGUCGAGUUAGUUGGCCAACAGAAAGCCAUCUUAGGAGGGGCUACAUUGGUGGAAGCCGGGCCUAGCAAUGAAGAAACAGAGUCUAAAGUUGAAGUCACAAAACAUGAUUGGAAGUCUGGAGAUGACUGUUUGGCAAUGUUCUCUGAGGAUGGGCAGUAUUAUGAGGCAUACGUAGACGAGGUACUGGAGGAUGGCACGUGUACAGUCAAGUUCAAAGACUACGGAAACACAGAUGUGACCGAGGUAAGGUUUUUGAAGGCGAUUGACUCAGAGAAACAUUACGCCAGUGGAGAAGCAGGAACGACUGAAGUUAAGAAGCCCCAGUCAAAAAAGGACCUCAUAGCUUCACAGAGAGAAUACAAACGAAAGAAGUCUCAGAAAAAAGCACAGCGUCUAAAACAAAUGGAGGAAGAGCGAGAAUCAGAGAAAAACAAAUGGCUGGAUUUCAACUCUAAGACAUUUUCCAAGACAAACAAGGGGAAAGUGAAAAAGAGCAUAUUUGCGACAACAGAACAUGUGAAUGGACGUGUGGGCGUGGGAACCUGUGGGGUCAGUGGGAGACCUAUGACAUCAUUUACUCAACAGGAAAAAUGGAAAAAAUAAACGGACAUUUUCUUUAUGUCUGCCAAAUUAACUUGCAUCUUGAAAAGGAUGUGGAUGCAAAAAAACUGCUGCCAUCAAAAAGUGGAUUGUUAAGGAAGUGACAUCUCCUUAGUUUAUGAAUUCCACUGAAGGCAAUCUUUUUAAAAUGUUGAACUUGCAAAAGUAUAUUAUACUGCUAAGCCGAUAUUUGCAGGAAAAACAAACACAAUAUCACAGUUGAUGCACCAGAUUUGAAUGCAUUAAACAUCCUUCAAUAAUACUGUGAACCAUUAAGCGACAAUUGAAAUUCAUUGAUUUCGUAAAAUAGUUAUCAGUGUAAUAUCGAUUGUAUUAAUUGUGGAAUAUAGGGGUUAUCUGUAUGAUAAGGUAGUUGUAGCUGAGCGGAUGUGUACUUGAAAGUGGAGACACACAGUCAGAGCUGAAAAUAUCCUCACAUAGUCCAACAGCUGAAGAACAUCCCAGAAACCUAGGGCCUGUUCGUUUAUGCAGACAAACUGGUUCGUCUGUUUUUUUAAUUGCAACAUUUCAGUUAUAUAUCUUGACGGACCUGCAGAUGUUAAUACGGGCCUUAAAAGUCUUUGUCAAAGCUCUUCAGAAACCAACAAAAAAUCACCAGGUCUGUCCUUAUUUUAUAAACGAACAACUCUGGUGUAACCAUUUGAACCACGAUAUAAAACGAAAAGGCCCUACUGUAGGGAAGAGUUAUUUCACUCCCCAAACAGGUGCUUGUAUUUCUAGGCAUAUCCUAUAUAUAGCUUUGUAAUGGGGAUAUUGAUACAAAAUCCAUUAAAUCAAUCAAAUAUACUCCCAAAUCUGAAAGUCGAGGGGAACAGUGUUGUACAUGAGGAUAAGUGGUCUGAAGCUAACUGGAUUGACAGGAUUCAGUUUAAUGAAUUGGGUCAUAUUUAAUUUACAAGAUAAAGUGACACCAUUGUAGUAGUGUGUUACUGAUGUGUGGGAGGGGGUGUGUGUGUGUGUCAAUAUUUUAGUGUAAUAGUGAAUUGAAGGGAAACAUGCCAAGUUAAUAAUAUACAAUGUCAGUGUUGUGUGCAAAAAUCUAAGUCAAAAUUGUCUGUCAAUAUAUGUAUAGGAUUUUGAUUCCACUUCAUGUUAGAUUUAUGGAAAGAUUUUAAAAUGAAAAAUAUGUGCCAGGUUCCAUAAAUCUUGUAUGAAAUGGAAUAAUUUAAAAUCCUUUAUUUCAUCAAGAUUAAAAUGAUUUGUAUGUAUACAUACUUUUCCAUGUCACAGCAUUAUCUAUGUUCAAUAAUGAUUGUUUCCAUGGUAAUGUUAACAAUAAGACAUACAUAUUGUCUUAUGAGAUUUAGUACAUUUUUGUUUUUAUGAAACUAAAUAAAAGAGUAAUCAUAUUGUAGAAAUUGAAACUGGUACACGAAUUGCAAUAUCGAUUCAAAAAUAUUAAGUUUUAUGCAGGCAAAACAAAAAUUUCCUGCCUUGACAUCCACCAACUAGAAAUAAAUUUGUAUCUGCCCUGAUUUUCAUAGUGCACCGACUUCACUCGGUGUUUAUAAAUGUCAUGUUUCUUGUAUAUCUGUUUAUUUUGAAAGAGAUUUUUUGUUCCAGAGAGCGCCAAGUGUAAAAUUUCUAAGAGGGAGUAGUGUGAGUGAGAAUCAUAGAUAAUGAUUACUUUUGAAUCAUUUUUUGUAAAAUAAAACUUUGGUAAGAAUUCCA